GAUUGCUUAUCACUGACUGAUAAUUGGCCAUAUUCAGGACUUGAAGAUGACUCGGGUCUAACGCCAUCAGCAUCGCAACAAGCCGCUUUGGUGGCAGCCUAUCGAGUCGAACAACUGGCCGCACUUGAGGCACAACAGAGGCAAUUUGAACGAGUUCAAAGAGCGGCUGUCGAGGCAGUGAGUCGUCAGAGUAGCGUAACACACCCAUCACUGCAACGUCAAACGUCCAUCUCAGGACGCGAAUCCACCUCAUCAGUCGACUCAUCCGACGUUAUAUGUCCAACCAAAAGAUUGAGAACCUCCUCGUUCAGCAGUGGUGUCAAUGCUAACACUAAUAACCAUGCUAUCAGCAGCAACACCAUGAAUAAUGCCAAUAGUAAUCAUAACAACACUAAUGAUGAAACUUCGACUAGUAUCAGUUGUAAUAAUCUCAUAAACGAUCGUUUAUUCGCCAACUUACCGUCUGCACAUCUGAAAAUCACCAGUCGAGAUGGAAGCGGCACAGAGAACUCAUUGGUUGUAUCGAUGGAGAUCAAUGGUACCAUGUAUCAGGGAGUGUUGUUUGCGUUGGCUGAUAGCUCCACAACGCAGAGUGUCGUGCCCAAUGAUGUGUCAUCCUCCACAAUAACACCGCGGAAUUUUAUGAAUUCUUUCAAAAUUGGUUUAUGA